AUGUCUAAGGGGUGGAGAAAAAUGCUCUUGCUGUCAGUCCGAGAUGGAUACUCACAGUUAUCAGCUUAUGAAAGGAAAAGACUAAAGAACAUUACAGAAAAUGCUAAAUUCUUUGCUGCCUUAAAGCUGCAUGAGUCAGCUGCAAGACUUCACCAAAUUGCAACUAAAAGACAAUCUCAUGUCACCAAAAGAUACCAAGACAGCCUGAACAGCAUGGUCCUCAGUGAAGAUAACAUUAAAAAGGUUGUGAAAUACCGAGUGUGUUCUAUGGCUAUCCAUCCUUCUGAAAGCAUCAUCUUCGUGGCAGCUGGAGACAAGUCCGGGCAGAUCGGUCUCUGGAAUGUGAACUGUAAGUCCGAAGAAGGAGCGCCUGUCUUCAUUCCACACAGCUAUUCGGUCAGCUGCAUGCAUUUUUCUCCGUUCAAUCCUGCUCACUUGCUGUCUGUAAGCAAUGAGUCUCUGCGAUGUGGGGAUGUUACCAGAGCUGUCUUUGAUGAGAUAUGCAGAAGUGAAGAAAGGUUAUCUUCCUUUGACUUUCUGGAAGAUAAUGCCUCCACUGCAAUAGUAGGACACUGGGAUGGCAACGUUGCUGUUGUGGACAGACGGACCCCAGGAACAUCUUCAGAGCUUUCUGCAGACAUUGGCUUCAAAAGGACGAGGACAGUCCAUGUUCACCCAGUGAAAAAACAGUAUUUCGUUGCUGCUGGCGCCGUGGAUGUUUGUAUUUAUGAUGUUCGAUACCUGAAGUCUAAUGGGAACACUCCUGUGAGCUCUCUUAAAGGACACACAAGAAGCGUUGCUUCUGCGUAUUUCUCACCUGUGACUGGGAACAGAGUAGUGACGGUGUGUGCGGAUGAUAAACUGAGGGUCUAUGACACCACCUCUUUGUCAUCGGCAGUCGCCGUUCUCAGUACCAUCAGACAUAACAGUAACACGGGACGCUGGUUAACUAGGUUCAGAGCGAUAUGGGACCCUAAGCAGGAAGACUGCUUCGUGGUGGGCAGUAUGGCGCGUCCGAGACAAAUACAGGUCUUCCAGGAUACUGGGAAGUUGUUGCACUCUUUUUAUAACCUUGACUGCCUUAGUUCUGUGUGUUCCAUUAAUGUGGUUCAUCCCAGCAAGAACAUCUUAGUGGGCGGCAACUCCAGUGGCCGCCUUCACGUGUUCAAAGAAUAA